AUGUCCCAUUAUUUCCGCAGCGAAGCGGAGCAAGCAACAGAACCAGACCCUCGGCAAAUAGGGACGGACACGCUUCUGAUAAUACUAAGGCUCUUCAAGGAAAUCAAAAGACGCCGUUCGCCGGUGGAUCCCUCCGUUGCUUAUCACACACGACAAGUCAGAGGAAUUACACUUAAAGUUCGUCUUGCUCGAGUUAAGAGAUUAUCCUGGAGGACUUGGUACAGACGGUGGAUUUCUGGGCAACUUUCCUGGUUGAUAAUCCCAGAAGAUGAGCAUUUUACUAUUAUUCAGAAUAUAUUCCAGGCGAUUAAACGGGUGGUCUCCGGUAACAACAACCCUAUUAUAGUCAAAAUACAUGACGUCACCACCGUGAACUUGGAUGAUGAUGAUAUUGAUCCUAUCCUCCUUGACCGGGUUAUAACUGAAUCUUUGGAGACGUACAGGUCCAAGUUGAUUCCUGCAGCUAAACAUUCAAUCGAUGAUUUGAAGAAAGGGAGACUGCUGGUUGACAGUUCCGAAUUGGAAGCUGUUGUGACAAGGACGCCAUCGUGUGCUAUCUGCCUCGAUAACUUUGAUCGUCAUGAACCGAUGAUGAUGAUGAGGGUUACUCGCCUGCCCUGCUCACACUCUUAUCAUCAAGACUGCAUAAUCCACUGGCUCGAGAUCAACCAUGUUUGUCCCCUGUGCCGAUACCCUAUGCCAACCACAGACAAUUGGCCGAGCCGAUGA